CUGUUUGCUGCUACAUACACUGAACAAGGACCACUGACGACAUUUCUAACACCAGCUCUGAAUCUCUGAAGGACAAGAAGAAUGAAGUUUACCAUAAUGAUGUUGUGCCUGAUUGGAGCAGUUUUUGCCAACCCAAUUUCAUACAACGCAGUUUCGGAAUCAAAUGAGCUUGACUCAAACUCGACUGAAAGUUUGUCUGUUUCACAAUCAUCGGAAAAUGACACCUCAGAGCUUCAGAGCUCUGAAGAAAGUGCCUCAAGUCAAAGUCAGAGUUCACAGUCAGAAUCAGAAUCAUUAGAAUCCACAUCAGAGGACAAGACUUCAGAGGAGAGUAACAGUCAAUCAGAUGAGGAUGAUGGGACAUACACCAUGACUGAAACCAGAGAUGACAGCAUGGGCAGCGAGGAGAACGUUCGAAAGAGUUGGGUUCGAGUGUUUGCGAGUGUCGUCAAAGUCCUGAGCGCCGAGGACAACAGCAGCACAGAGGUCAAGGGUAAAUCAGACCACCUGACUGAGAAACAGCCCACUGAUACCUCCACCAGCGGGACCAACACAAACCUGCCACUGGUGGAGAAUCCCACAGACAGCGCAGACACUAGUGAAAGUGUAACCGCCAGUGACAGCAGUGACAGCACCAGCAGUGAGAGCAGUGAAAGCAACGAGACCAGUGAGGCCAGUGACAGCAACUGUGUGAAUGGAACUCAGAGUUGUGAAAGUGAAGAGUAUCUCUUCCAGGAUAUAGGAGACGAUGCUCAUUACUCAGUGGACAAUCUGAUGGUGCCAGAUGAGGAUGAAAGAGAGUUAAGUCUAAGGAGAUGAUGACAUGUACUUGGUGCAGCUCUAAGUUUUCCCACUAUGAACUAAAGCACCAUUAAACCAUUUGCCUGAAGACUUCAGGAUGAUACAUUUUGCUCUUGCCCAUCGCUUCUGAAUGUUGAUUUUGGCAUUAUAAUGUUACU